AGCUUGUGAGUCUGCUGAGAGAGACGUGACAGGAUGAAGUGGGCGAUCGUGUUGCUGGGCCUGGUGGCCCUCUCUGAGUGCAUGACCAAGGUGCCCUUGUUGAAGAGGAAGUCAAUGAGGAAGGCGCUCAUGGAGCAGGGCAAGCUGGAGGAGUUCCUGCAGAAAUACCCCUAUGAUCUGGCAUCCAAAUACUCUCGCUAUGCCACCACCUCCAACCUGCCCAUGCACAACUACAUGGACAUCGAAUACAUUGCCACCAUUUCCAUUGGAACCCCACCUCAAUCCUUCAUUGUUCUCCCGGACACUGGCUCUGCCAAUCUCUGGGUGCCUUCCAUCUACUGCAGCAGCCUUGCCUGCUCGAACCAUCACAAAUACAACCCUAGCCUGUCCUCCACUUACCGUGCUCUCAACACCCCUGUGUCCAUCGCCUAUGGCACUGGCAGCAUGACAGGCUUCCUGGCCUACGACACCGUCACCGUGGGCGGCAUCAUUGACUCCAACCAGGAGUUCGGUCUGAGCCAGACUGAACCAGGCAACUUCCUGUACUACAGCCCUUUUGAUGGCAUUAUGGGUCUGUCCUACCCCUACAUCUCUGCCUCAGGAGCCACUCCUGUCUUUGACAACAUGAUGCAGCAGGGUCUGGUGUCCCAGGAUCUCUUCUCUAUUUACCUGACUAAGAAUGGGGCCUCAGGCAGUGUUGUGACUUUUGGAGGAUAUGAUUCAUCUUACUUCACCGGCCAGAUCAACUGGGUCCCUGUCACCUACAUGGGCUACUGGCAGAUUGCCAUUGAGAAUGUCAUGGUUAAUGGACAGGUGGUGGCCUGUGCCCAGGGAUGCCAGGGCAUUGUGGAUUCUGGCACAUCCCUGAUUGCUGGACCCCCAUCUGAGAUCUCCACCAUCCAGCAGUAUAUUGGUGCCACUCAGAACAGCUACCAGCAGUAUUCUAUCAACUGCCAGAACAUGGGUAGCAUGCCUAACGUGGUCUUCACCAUCAAUGGUCUUCAGUACACCCUGACUCCUUCUGCCUACGUCCGCCAGCUCUACGGUGCCUGCACCAGUGGUUUCCAGUCCAUGGCACUGCCGUCCGCCCAGGGAGACCUGUGGAUCCUGGGAGAUGUCUUCAUCAGGGAGUACUACGCCAUCUUCGACAGAGGCAACAACAGGGUGGGCCUGGCCCAGGCUGUCUAGGAUUUAGGAGCCAGGGGCACGUGUUGAUCCCCGCUCCCCAAAUCCUGU